CAGAGCGCGCCGCAACGCAGCUCACACAGAACGCGAAUAGUCAGCGAAUAUAGAAAUAGUAACACUUGUACAAAUUGUUGUUGUUGUUAUUGCUGCUGUUGGUACCUGGGCUGGCUACCUUGGCCAUCGAUCGCACCUCGCUAGUGCGCGUUACCUCGCGUUGGUUCGCGUGCCAGGCUGACGUGCACAACGUGUACGAGGAUAACACUAAGUAGGCAGGGCCGUUGUCCUUGGUAUUUCAGUCUAGCGCUUGCAGCGUCAGGCAACAGUAAUACCUGCGUGUGCAAUUAAAGGCCUGUACAGGUGUGUUGAGUCUGCCACGGUGUGUGUGUGUGUGUUGGUGAAUUUGUGUUAUGGACAUUCUAAUAUGUGCCUUGGCUAAUUGUUAUGCAAUCGUCUCUAGCUUUAAGACAUAGUGGGAAAUGUCUUUGAAGCGUUAUGCAAUAAUCGCGCCGUUCACUCAGCACCAGCACCAGCACCAAACGACAACGACAACGACAGCUGUUGCUGUUGCAACAGCAGAAGAAUCAACAAUAACUACAACAUCUUUGCCCACUAGCGAGGAGGUGGGGGAGGAGGAGCUGCUGCAUUCGCAGGAGCUCGCCAGCAGCUCCUCAAUAACGACAUACUACAAUGGCGGCAUGGGUCUCUAUAAUCAGCAGCGCGGCAUUGGAGCUGGCAUAUCGCUGCUCAAUGGCGCCGCCGGCUCUGGCAGCGGAAGCAGCACUGGCAGCGGCUCACAGACCUACGCUCACGUUGUCAAUGGCAGCGUGAAUCUUCUGCUUGGCGGGUCUAUGCUCUGCCUGGUGACGACUAUUUUAUGUGUAGUUUGUUAUUGUUGCCAUCGCAACAUUAAGAAGCGCACUGAGGCCGCCUACAGGCAGCAACAACACCAGUGGCUGGAAAACGAUCCCAAUAUGGAAAUAUACAGUGUCGAACAGUGCUAUGAGACUUCUGGCCUCUUCUUGGGCGACUCAACGGACGGCUUGGCCACUCUGCCAGCGUUGCAUCACGAGCCGCCGCCAUCGUAUGACGCUGUAGUGUUGCAUGAACAGCAACUAUUGCAGCAGCAGCAGCAACUUGAGGAGCAGCAACUUCAAUUGCAGCAGCAGCAAUUGCUGCUGCAGCGCGUCUCACCGCCGCCCGGCUAUCGCUCCAGCCUAGACAUAAGCAGCGCGCAGCAAGUAAUAGAAAUAUCAAAUACCGAUGGACUGGCAGGCAGCAGCAGCAGCUGCAGCAACAACAGCGCAACAGCUGUUGGAGCAGGACUCAUGGCAAACAAGCAAUUGCAGCGCACAUUGAAUGCUCAGUCCUGUUGCUCGCUCCAGCGUGCCGAGGUGGAGAACAUGUGGAACGCAGCCGCGGCGGCUGUAGCGGCGCGGAGUGGCCACUGCCAGGAACUGGACACAUUUAUGCCGAUGCCACUGGCGAUGCCGUCGCCAUCGUCGCCUUUGCCGCUGGCACUGCAGGCGCGCAAGCACGCACAGGCGGCCAUGCGGCUGAAUAGCUUCGGCAGGCGCUAUUUGCAGUACAGUCAGCAGCACCAUCAGCAGCAGCACAGCCACUACAGACGCGGCUGUCCACUGUGCGGCAAGUUUCGCUAUGCUGCCGAGGAUGAGGCGUUGACGGCAUCUGGCGAAAGUGUCCUGGAACAGUGCGACGCCAAUGAGAACGUGGCAAGUGCUCAGCAACAGCCGCUGCAACCCACCAUCGAAAACCCCAAUCAAAUUGAUGCUGAUGCAGCAAAUGGAAAUGUGGUGGACAGCGCAACUGAGACUGCAGCUGCAGCUGCAACUGUUGCUGACACAGACAUAGACAUAGACGAGAAUGACAAUUCAGCUGCGAUGUCAACAGCAGCAGCAUCAACUGCGACAUCAGCAACAGCGACAGCGACAGCAGAAGCUGCUGCCGACCUCGAUAUAAACCACAUCAAUGAGAAUGGCAUCAUCAGCCUGGAUAUGAGCAAAAUCAUUGACAUAUCGGGCUUGCCCACAUACGAGGGCGCUCUCAAGCUAGAAUCCAGUGGCUAUGUCUGAGCCGUUCCCAGUACCCAGUUCCCAGUCAAAUUUACAAUACUAAAUAUCGAAAUAUAUCACACAUGUGCUUUAUUUUAUAGGAUAAUAUGGAGCAGAUGCUUAGAAAAUGUUUACCUUAUCAUAGCAACAAUCCUAUCAACCUUUUCUGAAGUUCGCUCUGGCUUCACCCUGAUCUCGAGUUGCGAAUCAUUUGUAUCUGCCCCAUCUUUCGCUUACACACACACCCACACCCACACACCCACACCCACUCUUAUAUACAAAUUUAUUUUUAACUCUAGACAUUAGUUUUAAGCAUA